CGCUUUUCCCGCCAGCGUGUGAGAACGCAGCUGAGGCGCGGAGGGCGCAGCCAUGAGCCGUUUGGAAGUGCUGCUUGUGGAGAACUUUAAGUCGUGGCGGGGCCGCCAGGUCAUAGGCCCCUUCAAGAGGUUCACCUGCAUCAUCGGCCCCAACGGCUCUGGGAAAUCUAAUGUAAUGGAUGCACUUAGUUUUGUAAUGGGAGAAAAAAUAGCUAAUUUAAGAGUGAAAAAUAUUCAAGAACUCAUUCAUGGAGCACACAUUGGAAAACCUGUUUCUUCUUCUGCAAGUGUAAAAAUUGUAUAUUUGGAAGAAAGUGGAGAAGAGAAGACAUUUGCAAGGACUAUCCGAGGAGGAUGCUCAGAAUAUCAUUUUAAUGAUAAUCCUGUGAGUCGUUCUGCUUAUAUCACAGAGCUGGAAAAGAUAGGCAUAAUAGUCAAAGCACGGAACUGUCUAGUUUUUCAGGGAACUGUGGAAUCAAUUUCAAUGAAAAAACCCAAAGAAAGAACCCAGUUUUUUGAGGAAAUCAGCACUUCAGGAGAGCUUAUAGGAGAAUAUGAGGAAAAGAAAAGAAAGUUACAGAAAGCAGAAGAAGAUGCACAGUUUAAUUUUAAUAAGAAAAAAAAUGUAGCUGCAGAGCGCAAACAUGCAAAAUUAGAGAAAGAAGAGGCAGACCGUUACCAGAAUCUCCUUGAAGAACUGAAAAUUAACAAGAUACAACUGCAGCUUUUCCGACUGUAUCACAAUGAGAAAAAAAUUAAUUUUUUGUACACUGAGUUGGAGCGUGUGAAUAAGAAUUUGAGUGUCACAAAAGAGUCUCUUUCUCAUCAUGAAAACAUAGUUAAAGCCAAGAAAAAGGAACAUGGAAUGCUGAGCAGACAACUGCAACAAACAGAAAAAGAAUUAAAAUCUCUUGAAGCGCUGUUAAAUCAGAAGAGACCUCAAUACAUUAAAGCUAAAGAAAACACUUCUCACCACCUCAAAAAAUUAGAUAUGGCUAAAAAAUCAAUAAAAGACAGUGAAAAACAAUGUUCUAAACAGGAAGAUGACAUAAAAGCCUUAGAGACAGAGCUCGCUGAUUUAGAUGGUGCAUGGAGAAGUUUUGAAAAGCAGAUUGAGGAAGAAAUGUUACAUAAAGGGCGAGACAUUGAACUAGAAGCUGGUCAGCUGGUUCAAUAUAAAGAACUUAAGGAACAGGUAAGAAAAAAAGUGGCUAUAAUGACCCAACAGUUGGAAAAGCUUCAGUGGGAACAGAGGUCUGAUGAAGAAAGAUGGGCAUUUGAAAAGAGGAGACAUGGGGAAGUUCAGGAAAAUAUAAAACACAUAAAGGAACAAAUAGAAGAUCAUAAAAAGCGAAUAGAGAAGUUGGAGGAGUAUACAAAAACAUGCAUGAAUUGCUUGAAAGAAAAAAAAGAGCAAGAGGAAAACUUAGUGAAUGAAAUAGAAAAAACAAAAUUAAGAAUGUCUGAAGUUAAUGAAGAAUUGAAUCUUAUUAGAAGUGAAUUGCAGAAUGCUGGACUUGAUACCCAUGAAGGAAAACGUCAGCAAAAGAGAGCAGAGAUUCUGGAACACCUUAAGAGACUUUACCCAGAUUCAGUGUUUGGAAGACUUCUUGACCUGUGUCAUCCUAUUCAUAAGAAAUACCAGCUGGCUGUUACUAAACUUUUUGGUCGGUACAUGGUUGCCAUUGUUGUAGCCUCUGAAAAGGUAGCAAAAGAUUGUAUUCGAUUUCUGAAGGAGGAAAGAGCUGAACCUGAGACGUUCCUUGCACUAGAUUACCUUGAUAUUAAACCAAUCAAUGAAAGAUUAAGGGAGAUUAAAGGCUGUAAAAUGAUGAUUGAUGUCAUAAAGACUCAGUUUCCUCAGCUGAAGAAAGUAAUUCAGUUUGUGUGUGGAAAUGGCCUUGUCUGUGAGACUCUGGAAGAAGCAAGGCAUAUUGCCUUCGCUGGACCUGAAAGACGGAAAACAGUAGCUCUUGAUGGAACAUUAUUUUUAAAAUCUGGAGUGAUCUCUGGAGGGUCAAGUGACUUAAAAUCCAAGGCUAGAUGCUGGGAUGAGAAAGAGUUAAAGAAUUUAAGAGACAGGAGAACCCAGCUAAUCCAAGAAUUAAAGGAUUUAAUGAAGAUAGUGCGCAAGGAAGCAGAUUUGAAGCAAAUACAGGCUCUAAUACAAGGAACUACUACACGACUCAAAUAUGCACAAAGUGAACUAGAAAUCAUUAAGAAGAAGCACCUUGCUGCUUUUUACCGGGAACAGUCUCAGCUACAAAGUGAACUACUAAAUAUUGAAUCUCAGUGUGCCAUGUUGAGUGAAGGAAUCAAAGAACGACAACAAAGAAUUAAAGAAUCUCAACGAAAGAUAGAUAAGGUUGAAGAUGAUAUUUUUCAACACUUCUGUGAAGAAAUUGGUGUAGAAAAUAUUCGUGAAUUUGAGAACAAGCAUAUUAAACAGCAACAGGAAGCAGAUCAAAAAAGAUUAGAAUUUGAGAAACAAAAAACUCGGCUUAAUAUUCAACUUGAAUAUAGUCGCAGUCAUCUGAAGAAGAAACUGAAUAAGAUUAACACAUUAAAGGAAACAAUCCAGAAAGGGAGAGAAGACACUGAUAACCUGAAGAAGGUUGAAGAAAAUUGUCUGAAAAUUGUGGAUGAACUCAUGGAAAAACAGCAGCAACUUAAGGAUGAAUUUGUCACUCAGAAUACCAAUGUUGAGAAAGUCCAAGCUCAAAUUGAAGAGGAACGAAAGAAGUUUUUGGCCAUUGAUAGGGAAGUGGGAAAAUGGCAAAAAGAAGUUGUGAUCCUUCAGAGUUCUCUGGAACAGAGUCGGUUAGAGAAGCAUAACUUGUUGCUUGACUGCAAAGUUCAAGACAUUGAAAUAGUUCUUUUGUUGGGGUCGCUGGAUGACAUCAUUGAAGUGGAGUUGGGAACUGAAGCAGAAGGUACCCAGGCAACCACUGAUAUAUACGAGAAAGAAGCAGCCAUUGAGGUGGACUACAGCUCUCUCAGAGAGGAUUUGAAGGCUCUCCAAUCUGAUAAAGAAAUUGAGGCCCAGCUUAGACUCCUGCUACAACAAGUAGCUUCCCAAGAAGAUAUCCUGUUGAAGACAGCGGCCCCAAACCUAAGAGCCAUGGAGAACCUGAAGACUGUCAGAGACAAGUUUCAGGAGUCCAUAGAUGCUUUUGAGGCCAGCAGAAAGGAAGCCAGAAUAUGUAGGCAAGAGUUUGAACAGGUGAAAAAAAGGAGAUACGAUCUUUUCAACCAGUGUUUUGAGCACGUCUCAAUCUCAAUCGAUCAAAUCUACAAGAAGCUCUGCAGAAACAACAGUGCCCAAGUGUCAAGUUAUAUUAAAGAGCAAACUCAGGAACAGUUUCAGAUGAUAAUCAUUUCCCUCAAAGAGGAGUUCUAUUCCAAAGCUGAUGCACUGAUAGGCAUCUAUCCAGAGCACGACGAGUGCAUGUUCAGCCGAGUUUUGACCCUAGAUCUUUCUCAGUAUCCAGAUACUGAAGGCAGAGAAGGCAGCAGGAGACAGCGCAAGCCCCACUAGGGCCUCGAGUGCCCUCGAGCCGGGAGCAGUCAC